AUGGCUGCAAACUUCGUGCGCACAUCCUUUGCCACAACAGACACAACCUCCACUGUCGGUAGCAUGGUCUCUCAAUCGCCUGCCCUCAGCGCGGGGCACUCAGAAGCCGGCUCGGGCAGCGGGACCCCGAACUCGUCCCCUCCUGCGUCGAGGCCUCGCAGCCCCGAGUUCAAGCAUGACACAGCUUCAAACGCCUCAGAUCUCGAGCCCCUCGAGCCGAUGCAGGUCAAGAAUGUCUGCUUCGUUGGUGCUGGUUUUGUUGGUGGCCCAACUGCGGCUCUGAUCGCAUUGCACAACCCUGACCUCACUGUCAACGUUGUUGACCUCAACGCCGAGCGCAUCGCCGCGUGGAACUCUCCCCAUCUGCCCAUCCACGAAGCUGGUCUCCCCAAGAUUGUGCGCAUCGCCCGUGAUGGCACCAACGAGACGACUGCCUUCCUCCCUUCGGCUGGCAAGUCGGUAAAGAUUACCCCUCGCAAGCCUAACCUUGCCUUCACCACCGACGUCCAGGGCUGCAUCGGCGAGGCCGACAUCGUCCUCAUCUGCGUCAACACUCCCACCAAGACAUACGGUCUCGGCGCUGGGUACACUGCCGAUCUGAGUGCCCUUGAGGGUGCUUCCGAGACUGUGGCCAAGUUCGCCAAAAGCGGUGCUGUCAUUGUCGAGAAGAGCACUGUCCCAACGGGAACUGCCCGCAUGAUUCGUGAGAUUAUGGCGCAAUAUCAGCCCGACGCCGAGUUCGAAAUUGUCUCCAACCCCGAGUUUCUUGCCGAGGGAACCGCUGUUCGCGACCUCAUGCACCCUGACCGUAUUCUGAUCGGCAGCUCUACCACCCCCGCCGGUAUCCGUGCCGCAAACGCUCUCAAGAGCAUCUAUGCUGCCUGGGUCCCGGAGCCCAAGAUCUUGACCGUCAACACUUGGUCCAGCGAGCUCACCAAGCUGGUCGCCAACGCCAUGCUUGCCCAGCGCAUCAGCAGCAUUAACAGCAUCAGUGCUCUUUGCGAGGAGCUCGGUGCAGAUGUUCAGGAGAUCAGCCAGGGCAUCGGUGCCGAUUCCCGCCUGGGUAAGAAGUUCCUUCACGCGGGUGUUGGUUUUGGCGGUUCUUGCUUCGAGAAGGAUAUCCUCAACCUUGCCUACAUGGCACGCACUCUCCACCUGGACACUGUUGCCGACUACUGGAUGGGUGUUCUCGACAUCAACAAGUACCAACGCGAGCGCUUCGCUCAGAAGGUUCACCGUGCUCUGAACGGCAACCUGCGCCGCAAGAAGGUGGCCAUUCUCGGCUUCGCCUUCAAGGAGAACACCAACGACACCCGCAACAGUAUUGCUGUGCACAUCAUCACCGAGCUGGCCCACGAGAUGCCCAGUGAGAUUGCCAUCUUCGACCCUGGCUGUGACCCGUUGGAGGUGAUGAACGAGGUCCGCCAGUCCAUCUCCGACGAGCGUGUUGUCGAGCGCGUCAAGGUUCACACGAACUGGCGCGAGGCUGUCCAGGAAUCGAGCGCCAUUUGCAUCCUUACUCCUUGGUACCACUUCCGCUACCCUAAGCAGGCUCAGACCACUGCCCGCCGCUCAUCCGUCUGGAGUAGCCCUGAGGCUUCCCGGGAAGAGGCCAACGCUUUCAUCAAGGAGUCGUUGUCCGAGAUGGACAUUGUUGAACUCGAGAAGUUCGUAUCCCGUACCAGCACCCACACGCCGACCGACCCCUUGAAGCGAAUGAAGCCUGAAGCCGAGUGCCCAGAAGGCUGCAAGGGUUGCAAUUUCGACGCGGCGAACGAGGAUCUUGGCGAUCCUGUCGAUUGGGAGUGGGCGGCCUCUGUCAUGAAGCGCCCCCGACUCGUGCUGGAUGGGCGUAACGUCGUGUCUGUACCCGAACUUGAGAAGCUCGGUUUCCAAGUACAAGGCAUCGGCAAGGGUCUGGUCAUCUAA